UGUUGUAUGUUGGGACGUUGAUCCUUGUGUCUCGGUGGGUCAGUCAGCCUCUGCAGCCUACAACUAGCACUUACAAAGAGAAAACACAGGCUCCGCACAGUAAUCUCGGACGUCUCCCUCCGGCUGCAAAGGACGCUUGGUCGGACCGCGGAAGGGGCCGGCACAUCCCCUCUAUUCUGCCUGGGAAUCGGAUCGUUCUAUCACGCUCGGAAGAGGCUUUGAAAGGCCGGCGAUGCGAGAACAGCUUCGGAACCAUCAGACCCAGACAACAUGCUGGGACCAUCCCAAGAUGGCUGAGCUCUACCAGUCUUUGGCCGAUCUGAACAAUGUUCGGUUCUCAGCCUACCGCACAGCCAUGAAGCUCAGACGCUUGCAGAAGGCUCUCUGCUUGGACCUGUUGAGCAUGCCGACAGCUUGUGAGAUAUUUGACCAGCACGGUUUGAAGCAGAACGAGCAGCUGCUGGACAUCUCUCAGCUCGUCACCUGUCUCACAAGCCUCUACCAGCGACUUGAGCAGAACCACUCCCACUUGGUCAAUGUCCCGCUGUGCGUUGACAUGUGUCUCAACUGGCUGCUUAACGUCUACGACACUGGUCGCACUGGAAAGAUCAGAUCUCUGUCAUUCAAAACUGGAAUCAUCUCACUCUGCAAGGCUCAUUUGGAGGAUAAAUACAGAUUCCUGUUCCGGCAGGUUGCCAGUGCAACAGGAUUCUGUGACCAGCGUCGACUGGGGCUCCUUCUGCACGACUCCAUUCAGAUCCCCCGACAACUUGGCGAGGUUGCCUCCUUCGGCGGCUCCAACAUUGAGCCCUCCGUCCGCAGCUGCUUUCAGUUUGCCAACAACAAGCCUGAGCUUGAGGCCACCAUGUUCCUGGACUGGAUGCGCCUGGAGCCUCAGUCCAUGGUGUGGUUACCUGUCCUUCAUCGCGUCGCUGCUGCAGAGACUGCCAAACACCAGGCCAAGUGCAACAUCUGCAAGGAAUGUCCAAUCAUAGGCUUCAGAUAUCGGAGCCUAAAACAUUUCAACUAUGACAUUUGUCAAAGCUGCUUUUUCUCUGGCCGUGUUGCAAAGGGGCACAAGAUGCAGUACCCCAUGGUUGAGUACUGCACCCCGACUACAUCAGGAGAGGAUGUCCGGGACUUUGCCAAGGUGCUGAAGAACAAAUUCAGGACCAAGCGUUACUUCGCCAAACACCCACGGAUGGGCUACCUGCCCGUCCAGACCAUCCUGGAAGGAGACAACAUGGAAACUCCUGUCACACUGAUCAACUUCUGGCCUGUAGACCAUGCGCCUGGAUCAUCCCCUCAGCUCUCACAUGACGACACACACACGCGGAUCGAGCACUAUGCCAACCGGUUAGCAGAAAUGGAGAAUCGUAAUGGCUCUUAUCUCACUGACAGUAUCUCACCCAAUGAGAGCAUCGAUGACGAGCACAUGUUGAUCCAGCACUACUGCCAGUCUCUGAACCAAGGCUCUCCUCUCAGCCAGCCCCGCAGCCCCGCCCAGAUCCUCAUCUCCAUGGAGACAGAGGAGAAGGGAGAGCUGGAGAGGGUCCUUAAUGACCUGGAGCAGGAGAACAGGAAACUACAAGCAGAGUACGACCGCCUGAAGAAGACACACGACAGAAAGGGUCUUUCCCCACUGCCAUCGCCCCCGGAGAUGCUACCAGUGUCGCCACAGUGCACACGUGAUGCUGAGCUUAUCGCUGAGGCUAAGCUGCUACGGCAACAUAAAGGCCGUCUAGAGGCCCGGAUGCAGAUACUGGAGGACCACAACAAACAGCUGGAGUCUCAGCUUCACAGACUGAGACAGCUCCUGGAGCAGACGGAUUCCAAGGUAAACGGCACAGCUCUGUCCUCCCCAUCCACCUCCUCUCAGCGUUCCGACUCCUCUCUCCCUCUGCUUCGUGUGGCUGCCAGCCAAACUACUGAUACAAUGGGUGAUGAUGAGCUGUCCAGCCCAUCCCAAGAUGCAGCUGGGCUGGAGGAAGUGAUGGAACAGCUCAACAAUUCUUUCCCUCAAAGUCAGGGUCCCAGCAUUGGCAGUUUGUUUCACAUGGCUGAUGAUCUGGGCCGUGCCAUGGAGUCACUGGUCAGUGUGAUGACGGACGAAAGGAGCACCAAACAGCACGAGGCCCUGCACUUCUGAUCCUGCCUUUAAUCUUCAGCCCUAACACCCCUCUCUCCUCCGUCCCUCCCUACUUUCCUACCUAUCGCAUGCUUUUCUAGUCAAAACAACUGGAUUGGAAACAGUUUACAAAGAGAAUAUAUAUAUAUAUAUAUAUAUAACAUUUAUUUUUGUGAAAGAUUAAAGUUCCAGCAAUGUCUCAUCAAAAAAGUACAUGUAGAUUUCAGUAGUUUCUUAAAAUGUCCUAAAGUUGUUUUAUUAUGAAGAGAGGCUGUUUUUGGUUUUUUUUAGCUUUUGUUUUUUAACUUCUAUGCAAUUGUACAAAACAACAAUGGGGCUAUGGGUUGGGGGUUGAGAUACAAAGAAGUAUGGUCAUAUAUUUGCCAUCUCUUUGUAACUGGGGAAACUAAAUAUUUGUAUCAAAAAUGAAUGAUUGAAAUAAUAAGGGUGCUUUAUAAGAGAAAACAUGUCUUUGUAAAACAUACACUACUGUCACAGUAAUGCAGACCUAAUGGAUCCUUAAAGUAGAAUGUCUGCAAGACUGUAUGGAUGUGUGUUUGGUUGUGUAUGUGGUGGUGCCUAAAUUUCAUAUUGCAAUCCUUUUUUCCAAAAAGUUGAGAAGCUAUGUAAGAGGUCAAUAAAAGGAAAAAUCAAUUUGCAAGUCAUUUAAUCAUUUAGCAUUAUAGCAGUUGCUAUAAUGUAGUAAGUGUUUAUUUGUCUUAAACAUGGCUUCUGAAGCCAGCCUUUGCUUUAGAGCCACAUUAAAAAGAAUCACGUUAAACCUUUGGCAUCUGAUCAGUUGAUGGUGGAAUAUAUAUAUAUAUAUAUAUAUAUAUUUUUUUUUUUUUUUUUUUUUAACUAGUGGCUUCUACAUCUUUUGACACAAACUAUAUUUCUUAUGGUUUAAUCUGCUGCAAAGCCAAAAAAAGAAAAGCUAAGAUUUAAGAAAACUGCUUCCUUAUCUCAAUUUCCAUUUUUAAAAUAUUAUGACAUACGCUGUAGAUGAAAGUAGGACACUCUUUCCUCGUCAGCUGCAAUCAUCCCUUCAUUUAAAAAUAAAAGAAAGAAUUAACAAAUUUGUACUUAAUGAAGCAGAAUGACUGUCAUUUGACAAAGUUUUGCAAAAUCACGUUGCCAAGAAGCUCCUGCAGGCUGCUCCCUGCCACAGCAGGUAGCUCUGUAUGUUUGGAGGGCAUUGAGUGUAAAACUCUUCCAAAUCAAAGAUAUCUGUGUGGAAUCCAACUAGCAAUUUUUUGUUUAUUGAGCAGAUGUGUUAACCACAUCAACAAAGCUGGGAAGAUUUAGUGACUUCCAUCCACUAUGGUGCAUAACACUGAACGAACCCGACACAAAGUGACCAUCUCUGAUUUGCAUAAGAACUUUAUAGUGAUUGCUGUGAAAUUUAAGCUUAAUGUAUAAAAUACUUUUAAAGAUUUAAAAAUAUUGACUUAUGUCAAAGAUAGAAGCCUAAAAAAGAAAAUAAAUUCUUAGUUUCAACAUAUGGUUUGUUGUUUUUCCACUAUAUUAAAUCAAACACACGUUUUAAAUGAUUUGCAAGUAAUUAAAUUCUCAUUUUAUUGACAUUUUACCCAUUGGCCAAGCUUUUGGGGAAAUACGAUUGUACUUCUUUUUCUGUAUUUUUUUGUGUGGUUUUGGGUGACAAAAUUUGUGUUCUAUUUGAGUUCUUUAUCCAUCCUUCAUCCCUGUUAUUAUUCCCAGUUUUUCACCUUAUUUACUGCACAAAGGCCUCAUUCAGAUCUGUCAUUUCAAAUUACUGAAUGUGAGAGGAAUGCACUGCAAAAGCAACCUUGCCUCUUUCUCUUGUGGAGAUGCAAAGAAAACGUGCAUGAGAGAAGUAAGGACCUAAAAAAGUGCAUCAGCUGAGAAGUCAGAGAAAGAUGUUUGGUGCAAGUGAGCAAGAGGCAUUUCUUCAGCGAUAAAGAUCUGGUGGUGUCCCUCUCUUUCUCCAUAAGUACUUCCUAUAUCCCAUAUCUUCUUCAGAAUAUUAGUAUUAUCUAGUUUUCAGCUUCAGCUCUACAUUCGACCUUGAAGUUACGAUCUUGGUUGUUGCACUGACACAUGCAACAUGAGAAUUUAAUUUUAACACAGCUUUUCCACUUCAGCAGUACUGUAAGACUAGAAUCUGAGCACUGCAGUGUUACACGGCUGCUAGAUUGUGAGGAUUUCUUGAACUAUGAAAGAAUGUUUAAAGAGGCCUGGUUAAAUUGACUUUGUGUGAAUUUUCAAAGUUCAGAGGCAGUUUCUCUGCUGUUCUCAGUCCUCGCAUUGAUAAAUUACUAGCUAAUUCAUUUCAGAACUAUACUGUUCAGUAAAUGCACUGUAGGAGCCUCCAGCCUGAAUGCCCAGAUGCAUUUAUCCAUGCAUCCAUGCAUUAAUCCCUGUGCACUACUGUCAAACCUAGGAUAUACUAAACCUUUUUCUAUGUGGAGGAAGUAUUUUAUUCUAGCAAAAAUUAUGUUUUUUCCUUUGGUUAAAGGUUAUUUGAUUUUGUGCUGUGUGUUGUGUUUCAAUUAAAGCAUGUGUGACUACAGGAAGUUCAUCAUUAUUUAAUAUUUAACAACUCAGAAGUAUGUGAAAAGUGGUACAGUAUUAUGUGCAUGCGUGUUUGGCAUCGAGCAUUAUCCCACAGGUUUUUCUGGCACUAAGUUUGAUUUGACUGGCCAGGUUUUUAAUUAACGUUUGUUUCAGUCUCAUCAUUUUUCAGAUAACAUCAGUACUUCACAACAUAUCAGAUUCCACCAAAUAUAUGCCUUACUAUUGUAUUAUAAAAUGCUUUACUGUAUAUCAAUAAAGCACGCAGUUAUACUGA